AUUCCGAAUACGUCACUCCAUUUAUGUCAAUGAGGGUGUUUCCUGUUAAUUUUUAGUUCAACAAGAUGGCGAAAACUUACGAUUAUUUAUUUAAACUGUUGUUAAUUGGUGAUAGUGGUGUUGGAAAGACUUGUGUUUUAUUCAGAUUUUCCGAAGAUGCCUUUAAUUCAACAUUUAUAUCAACGAUAGGUAUAGAUUUUAAGAUUCGAACGAUAGAAUUAGAUGGCAAGAAAAUAAAACUACAAAUAUGGGACACGGCCGGUCAAGAGAGAUUCAGAACCAUUACAACAGCUUACUACAGAGGUGCUAUGGGUAUUAUGCUAGUUUAUGACAUCACAAAUGAAAAAUCUUUUGAAAAUAUUAGAAACUGGAUUAGAAAUAUUGAAGAGCAUGCAUCACAGGAUGUGGAGAAGAUGGUUUUAGGCAAUAAAUGUGAUAUGAAUGACAGAAGAAUGGUAUCGAAAGAAAAAGGAGAAAAAUUAGCAAUUGAGCAUGGUAUAAAGUUUAUGGAAACUAGUGCUAAAGCCAGUAUUAAUGUAGAAGAGUCUUUCUUUACCUUGGCAAGAGAUAUCAAGGCUAAAAUGGAUAAAAAAUUGGCACACGACCAUAUUUUAAGUGCAGAAUCUUCGAGUGCACAAAACAAAGGACACAAAUUAAAUGAAAAAACUCCUCAAAAAUCAAGAUGGAGAUGUACAAUACUUUGAAGAAAUAUCAUUGGUUAAUACAGUCAUGUGAUUCCCAUAACACCAUUUGAUUGGCAAGGUUUAGCAUUUCUAAAUCAACCAGCCAAUACAAGAACCAGCUUUUAUCAUUUGAUACGCAUCUGGCCUUUAAUUGGUCAGCCAGAGACAAAUCAACAUACAUCAUUAUGUAAAUAAGUUCAUGAAUAUUCAUGAGUUAUGUAAGAUUGCUCACUAGUUGAUUUAUCUUGACAUCAAAUAAAAUGAGCUUCCAGCCCAGUCAAAAAGGAAUGAGAGAGAAAUAAAAUAACACCCUCAAAAGAUAUAGGGUGUUGAAUUUUCUAAAGUUUUUUUCUGAUAACUUUUUUUUUAUAUAUGAAAACAGGGUAUUAUGUCAAACCAAAUGCAUUUGAAGGAAAAAAAGGGGCAAAUUGAUUUUUUAGUUGAGUUUUAAAAAAUAGUUCAUUUAUUUUUAUUUUAGCAUUGAAUUAUAACAAUAUGAGAAUUUUGUUAAAGAUUCUUUAAACUAUAAAUAGUUUUAGUAGUUCAUCUUUGUUUUAACAGAAUAGGAGAUACUUGUUAAGAACAUUAUUGCUCAAAAUCAAUGGCAAUAAAGCUGAAAAGAACUUAAUAUAAAGAAUUUUUUUAAAUUGACUUGAUCUUUAUAGUCAUAAAAUUUGUAGCAUAAUACAAACACUUGCCAGAUAAUUCAAAUUAAAAUACUGUCUUAUUAAAUGGUUAAGGAUGUAAUACACUGCAAAAACAGUGUCGAAUUUUUGUUUGUAGAUUUUACUGGUUCCAAUUUUUCUUUGCCUUCUUUUUAUUCAGGAUCAGUGCAUUUAAAAAAACAUACAGUCUUCAAAAUUAUUUUUUCCGAAUUAAUUUUUUCAUGCUUGAGUUAUUUUGUGAUAGAUAUCAGAUUGCAAAUCUGUUUUGAGUGUAAUAAUCAAUGUAAGAGUGUAUGUGUGCUAUUUUCUAAGAAUAAGGAAUAUUUUGUGUGCAAAAGUAUGAAAGUAUGACCCUUAACCUUGGUUGUGUUUUUUUCUGAAUUAGUACAUAUAUGUGAAUAUUGCACAGUCUGAUAGAAGAUACCGUGUUAUUUAAACUCUAACUUUGAUAAUUGAAAACAAAAACCUGACUUUUGUUAAUAGCCUCCAAAUUGUCCAUGCUGUAAUCUACUCUUGACAAAAUAUAAAGAUUAAAUAGAUUUUAAUUUGUUAAAUAUUUGUUAUUUAUGGCUGAUGACUUGAAAAGCCUCAAUAUUGUAAUUUUCUCUUGGAAGAUAUCCUGAAGGGUGAAAAUAUCAAGAGUAAGAAAGUCAUGCUUUUGUUUUUGUUAUUUAUGACUUAAAGGUAGGGCUGGCAGCUCAUUUUGCAUUAUCACUACAUAAUUAUAUAUGUGCUUCCUUUAACUUAUAUUUCACCUGAAAAUCAAGAAUUCUGUCCUAACCAAACCAUGUCUAAACUAAACAUGUCAUCUAGAUUUCACAAGAUUAAUUAUUAAAGAAUUGUCACCUUUUGUCCUGAUAGAAGGUCAAUAGGGCAACUAUCAGGUCAAGGCAAGGGACAAAAAUGCAGACAAAAACAGAUCAGCAUAUUGCCUUUAACAAUGAACAAAACCAAUACUUUAUAAAAAGGCCUGGAAUGACAAAACUGAAAUGAUUUGAAAUAGAAAACCAAAUGCUUUAUUUAUACUUCAAAAACUAUUUUUUUAUGAGUUACAAUUAAAGAUACCAAAUAUGUAACAAUCUUGUGGCACUUGAAUUUGGUGGUGUUACAACUUAUUAUAAGACCUCAUGUGAUAAUCAAUUUAAAAGGAGGUACCUAAGCACAAACGAAUGAUAAAAAUACUUUAUUUUACACAUGGUUUGGGUAAGACAGGUUUGACUGUGCUUUCUUGCUUUUAUGAUUUAUAGAUUUACAGUAAAUAUUCACCAUUUGUAAAUAGUACUCUAUGAUGCAGCUACUAGUAUAUUAUAUUGGCCUUUUCUGUUAUACCUAACUGUCUGACAGAAAUAAUUGUACAAUUGUAUGUGAACAUCUACUUUUGUUUUGAAACUAAAAUACAUGUUUUAGCAUACAAAUCAUCAUGAUUAAUUUGUUCUCAUCAGGGUUCUCACUAAGGCGAGUCCAUGAGUUCUGGACUAAUCAAAAUCUGCCUGGACUCACUAUUUUCAAAACUAGUGAGUUCACAGAUGCACCAAGAUUGAAAUAUUUUGUUUAAACUGAACACAGUUAAACACAAAUAUCACCAUUUUUAUAGCAAAAGUUUAAAAGUGAUCUGAAUGUAAUGUCAUUUCAUUGCUCUGUUAGGAAAUGGGGACUAAAAUAUUACAUUGUAUUGCAAUAAAAUAUUUUCUUCUUGCUGUUGGACUCAUCAUGGCUAAAAAUGACCGAGUCCCUGGACUCGCCUUCAAACAUCCUUAGCGAGAACCCUGCUUAUGUGGAGCUAUUGAAAUAUUAAAAUGUCAUUUGACAGUCAUGUGGCAGUUUCUUAUUUCUUUUCAUUGUAAUAAUUCAAAAAUUUGAAAGAGGUUUUAAUUUAUGAGCGUGUUAUUAUGUAAAUGUCCAGGGAGAUUUCUAGUGAAAAAAUAUGUGAAACUAUUUUGCAUUUAAUUAUUAGCUUCAAUAGAAGACUUAUUUGUAAUCUUCAACUUCAUCAACAGAAAUUUUGUUUUUGUUAUCAUUCACUUAAUUAUUUAAGUUUUCACUUCAGGUUGUCUUCUAUUAAAUUAGUAAGAGCUGUCUCUCUUUUAUAAAGGUAUAUUUUCAGGAAGACAUGUUAUUUUAGACAAAAAAGUGCAAAAUUAGGAAUUGAAGUUUGCUUAUGUAGUAAACCUUAAAACUUUAUGGAAUCUUUCUCAACUUAAGAUAUGAUUCACUAAAAAAGGAGCAAAAUCUGAAAUUGAAAUUCCUAAAAAGUUCUAUUUGGUAUUUUUCUCAAAUGCACAAUAUGGUUCAAUCAAACAUUUUCUUGUGUUAUAUGCACUGUGAAAUUGGCUGAUUCAUCUAUUCAAUCCCUUCAUUAAACAUCUUUGGAAAAUCAACUUUCGGGUGCGAGAAUUCUCACUACAUUGAAGACCCACUGGUGGCCUUCGGCUGUUGUCUGCUCUAUGGUUGGUUUGUUGUCGCUUUGACACAUUCCCCAUAUCCUAUCUCAAUUUUAUCACUAUCAUUCAGUGUAAAAGUAAUUCAUGGUCAAUCUGUUUUGGGUGUACUGCACUGGACACAUGUAGCGAAUAAAACUCAGUUGGGACCAUGUGCACCAACAUUUAGAUCAAUGCCUCAGGUUUGAAUUUUUAGAUUGUACUUAAAUAUUUAAGAACCCCUGUAUUCAAUCAUUUCUUCAAGAAAUCUUUACAUCAU